UGGUGUCCCAGCCACAAUGGCUACUUCGGGUUCUGCAGGGAAGAAGCUGCUGAAAGAAGACACAACCAAAGUGGAAUUUGAAACCAGUGAAGAAGUGGACGUGACACCCACUUUUGACUUAGUGGGUUUGCGGGAGGACUUGCUAAGAGGCAUCUAUGCCUACGGGUUUGAGAAACCAUCUGCUAUCCAACAGCGAGCUCUCAAACAAAUUAUUAAAGGAAGAGACGUCAUUGCACAGUCUCAGUCUGGUACAGGCAAAACAGCAACAUUUAGCAUUUCAGUCCUCCAAUGUUUGGAUAUUCAGGUGAGAGAAACCCAGGCUUUGAUCUUAGCCCCAACCAGGGAAUUAGCUGUACAAAUUCAAAAGGUUCUUCUUGCUCUUGGUGACUACAUGAAUGUCCAAUGUCAUGCCUGUAUUGGGGGAACAAAUGUUGGUGAUGAUAUCAGGCAACUGGAUCGUGGACAACAUGUUGUUGCUGGGACACCAGGUCGUGUAUUUGAUAUGAUUCGUCGCAGAAGUUUAACAACUCGUGCUAUCAAGAUGUUGGUUUUGGAUGAAGCUGACCAAAUGCUUGACAAAGGAUUCAAGGAACAGAUUUAUGAUGUGUACAGAUACCUGCCUCCUUCUAUUCAAGUGGUUUUGAUCAGUGCCACGUUGCCUCAUGAGAUCUUAGAAAUGACCACUAAAUUCAUGACUGAUCCAAUUCGCAUCCUGGUAAGACGUGAUGAAUUGACUCUCGAGGGAAUCAAACAGUUUUUUGUGGCAGUGGAGCGAGAAGAAUGGAAAUUUGACACUGUGUGUGACCUUUAUGAUUCUUUGACCAUCACUCAAGCAGUCAUCUUUUGUAAUACCAAGAGGAAGGUUGACUGGCUGACUGAGAAAAUGAGAGAAGCCAACUUCACUGUUUCAUCAAUUCAUGGAGACAUGCCCUCAAGAGAGAGAAAGUUUAUCAUGAAAGAGUUCAGAUCUGGAGUAAACAGAGUUCUUAUUUCUACAGACGUCUGGGCUAGAGGAUUAGAUGUUCCUCAAGUCUCGCUCAUCAUUAACUAUGACUUGCCCAAUAACAGAGAAUUAUACAUACACAGAAUUGGGAGAUCAGGUCGAUAUGGCCGAAAGGGUGUUGCAAUUAACUUUGUGAAGAAUGAUGAUAUCCGUAUUCUCAGAGAUAUUGAACAGUACUACUCAACUCAAAUUGAUGAAAUGCCCAUGAAUGUUGCUGAUCUCAUCUAAUGAAACAACUUUGAACACCAGUUGGGGAUGGCUUCUCUAACUGUAUACUACAUUUGGAAUUUUGAAAUCGAAGGAAAUAAAAAUCUGCAAAAAUCUACCUUUGGCUAAGUGUCUUUUCUUUCUACAUCUUUCUUUAGGAGAUGGAUGUGGUUAACAGAUCAGGGGUGUAAACUCCUUCAUUGUUUCUGAAUCAUGAGUUCUUUGAUGUAAUAACACAAGGUGUUGAGGGGUGGUGAUUUGGUGAGGAAGAAGGAUUUUUUUAAUUGAAUCUCUCCUGAUAAGGUUGGGGAGAACUCAUGCUUUCUUUGAGUAAGAAAAGGGAGGAAAGAAUCUGGGAGGAAAAGUCUUAUAAAAGCCCAGUAGUGGCUUAAUUUGAGAAGUCUCUGUUCAGGGUCUAGAUUUCAGCUGGAGUGGAAUUCCUGACCAUGCUCAUUCGAAUAUUUGUGGGCAGAGUGAAGCUCUAUGGAAAGAGAACAAGAGAAAGAGUUGCUGAGUUUCAACAAGGACACUGAACCUUUCAGUAUUAAAAGAAGGACCAAUACCAUUCUUGUUUUUCUUUUCCCAUAAAAGAUUUGAGUCAUUCCCAAACUAUGGUUUUUGGGUUCUGCUUUGAGAGUUCUGGGGAAAAGGGGGAGUUAUUGUGCUGUCCUAACAUCAGAGGCUGUGGGAUCCCAAUUCCACUGAAUAUUGAAGAUGACAACAGCAGGAAGGUCUACAUUUGAACCUGCAAGAGAUGGAAGAGGAAAAGGGGGAAGGUGAUUUGAGUCAAUUUUCCAAGCAAUAUUCAAGCAGAAAUCUUCCUUCUCACACAAAGAUUAACUACAAACUACUCAAGAUGCUCCUGAAGAGGUUUGCAACUAUGACUUUAGGCAAGAACUAGGAGAGAAUUGCUUCAAGAGCAACCCCCCCCCCC